CCCGGUAUAAGUCAAGUCUUGGGCGCUUUGAGAAGCAUUCGGAGCGGCCUCCGGGGAAGGAGUUUCUGUGAGCUUGUGUACAACAGGAUGGUGCAGGCCAAGAGCUGGACCCUGAAGAAGCACUUUGAAGGCUUCCCUACUGACAGUAACUUUGAAUUGAAGACGACUGAGCUCCCACCCUUAAAAAAUGGAGAGGUCCUGCUGGAAGCCCUGUUCCUCUCUGUGGAUCCUUACAUGAGAGUCGCAGCAAAAAGACUGAAGGAGGGCGACAGUAUGAUGGGAGAGCAAGUAGCCAGAGUUGUGGAGAGUAAAAACUCAGCCUUCCCAACAGGAACGAUUGUAGUGGCUUUAUUGGGUUGGACAUCACAUUCUAUUUCUGAUGGGAAUGGCCUGAGAAAGCUGCUUGCAGAGUGGCCGGACAAGUUACCACUGUCUUUGGCUUUGGGGACAGUUGGCAUGCCAGGCCUCACUGCCUACUUUGGCCUGCUUGACAUCUGUGGCCUGAAAGCUGGAGAAACGGUGCUGGUCAAUGCAGCGGCAGGGGCAGUGGGCUCUGUUGUGGGGCAGAUAGCUAAGCUCAAGGGCUGCAAAGUUGUUGGUACAGCAGGGUCUGAUGAAAAGGUUGCCUAUCUUAAGAAGCUUGGAUUUGACUCGGCCUUUAACUACAAGACAGUAAAGUCAUUGGAAGAAGCUUUGAGGACAGCCUCUCCAGAUGGUUAUGAUUGCUAUUUUGAUAAUGUAGGUGGAGAGUUUUCAAACACUGUUAUACACCAGAUGAAGACAUUUGGAAGAAUUGCCAUCUGUGGUGCCAUCUCUCAAUACAACCGCACUGGCCCACGUCCCCAAGGUCCACCCCCUGAGGUCGUUAUCUAUCAGCAACUCCGCAUGGAGGGGUUCAUCGUUACUCGGUGGCAAGAGGAAGUCCGCCAGAAGGCUCUGACAGACUUGAUGAAUUGGGUCUUAGAGGGUAAAAUCCAGUAUCAUGAACACAUCACUGAAGGAUUUGAGAAAAUGCCUGCAGCGUUCAUGGGAAUGUUGAAAGGAGAAAAUCUGGGGAAGGCCAUAGUGAAAGCAUGAAGAAAAAAAGGCCCACAGAUCAUGCCUGGACGGUUAGCUUUACCAUUCAGUACAAAUUCAUAAUGCCUUAUGUGAGUUUUAUUUGACCUAGCUAAUAAAACACGUGUGGCUCUUUUUC